CGUCUCGGUUGCCCGGGGAACCGGGCGGUGCGCUUUCCGGCGCCGUCGUGGCGCGUCGCGUCGCGUCGCGUCGCAGCCAUCAUGGCGGAAGCCGUCUGGAGCGCUGAUGCUGGAGAGGCCGUAUACCGUUCUCGGGACCCCGUGCGCAACUUGCGCCUCCGAGUUCACCUUCAAAGAAUCACCUCAGGCAACUUUCUUCAUUAUCAGCCUGCUGCCCAGUCCGGGACAGACCUCAUAGACUUGGCCACUUUCAGGCCUCAGCCAAUUGCGAGUGGACACCGCCUGGAUGAAGAUGAAGAGGAGGAGGUUGUGAUUGGGUGGCAAGAGAAGCUCUUUAGCCAGUUUGAAGUAGAUGUAUACCAGAAUGAAGCAGCUUGUCAGAGUCCUUUGGAUCAUCAGUAUCAUCAAGAGAUCCUGAAGCUGGAGAAUUCAGGUGGCAGGAAGAAUCGCCGAAUCUUUACCUACACCGACUCUGAUAGAUACACCAAUUUGGAGGAGCACUGUCAGAAAAUGACCACUGCAGCCAGUGAGGUCCCAUCAUUCUUGGUUGAACGAAUGGCAAAUGUCAGGCGGCGACGGCAGGACAGAAGAGGCAUGGAGGGCGGCAUCCUCAAGUCACGCAUCGUCACUUGGGAACCGUCAGAGGAGUUCGUCAGGAACAGCCAUGUCAUUAACACCCCUCUUCAGACCAUGUACAUCAUGGCAGACCUGGGGCCCUAUGGAAAGCUUGGCUAUAAGAAGUAUGAACAUGUCCUCUGUACUCUGAAAGUGGACAGCAAUGGUGUGAUCACAGUUAAACCUGACUUCACGGGCCUCAAAGCACCCUACAGAAUCGAGACAGAGGGGGAGAAGCAGGAGCUGUGGAAGUACACGAUCGACAACGUGUCCUCCCUCGCACAGCCAGAGGAGGAGGAGCGGGAACAGCGAGUGUUCAAGGAUCUUUAUGGCCGGCACAAGGAGUAUCUCAGCAGCCUUGUGGGCACGGACUUUGAGAUGCCAGUCCCAGGCACCCUCCGGCUCUUUGUAAAUGGAGAAGUAGUUUCAGCCCAAGGCUAUGAGUAUGACAAUCUCUAUGUCCACUUCUUUGUGGAAUUGCCAAACACUAAUUGGUCAAGCCCAGCAUUCCAGCAGCUCUCGGGAAUAACACAGACCUGUGCCACCAAGUCCCUGGGAAUGGACCAGGUGGCUUACUUUUGCUACCCAUUCACAUUUGAAGCCCUCUUCCUCCAUGGAGAAGAGUCUGCUGAUGCUCUCCUGGAGUGGCCAGUGCUCUACUGUGAGGUCCUCUCCCUGGACUUCUGGCAGAGGUACCGUGUGGAAGGCUACGGGGCUGUGGUGCUACCUGUCACCCCAGGCUCACAUACCCUGACAGUCUCCACAUGGAGACCCAUGGAGCUUGGCACAGUGGCUGAGCUGAGGAGGUUUUUCAUUGGUGGUUCUCUGGAGCUGGAAGAUCUCUCCUAUGUGCGGAUACCAGGAACCUUCAAGGGCGAGCGUCUCAGCCGCUUUGGACUCCGCACAGAAACCACAGGGAGUGUCACCUUCCGCUUGCACUGUCUGCAGCAGUCCAGGGCCUUCAUGGAAUUGAGCUCCCUCCGGAAAAGGAUGCAGAGUUUCCUGAACCAUCUGGAGGGAUUCAACCAGCAGAGCUGUGUUGAAAAUGUGCUGGAGGCCUUCUACCGAGCCCGGCGCCGUAUGCAGGAGGCCCGAGAAAGCCUCCCCCAGAACUUAGUAAUCCCCUCGGAAACUGUGGAGUCCUAGCUCACUGUAGCCCUGGCCCCAGGGCAAGAGGACAGGGUGAGGGAUACCUGAGGCUGGUGUUCUUCCGCCUCUUCAUCUUUCUUAUAGAGACCAUACUGGCCUGCUGAGAAUGGGAAGACCUAGGAAAUCCCUGGCUGGCCCCUCUGCCUAGCCUUCUGCUGGCUCUUUUCCCUGCCAUGUCUGUGGCCCCAUGUGGUCACCCUCUCCAUACUUCAGCUACUGUAUAUGGGCCUCACAACAAGUCAGAGUUUCAGUUUGCAGAGAGUUUGGGGUACCUCAUAAUUAGUCUGCUAUUGACAUAGCCUCCUUUCUGGCUUGUCUCACAGUCUCAGUAGCAGAGGGCUACAGGGAUCUGCUGUUCCACAGCCAGCAAAAAUGGAGCCUUCCUUCUUCCAGGAUAGAAGGAGGAAGGUGAGAGAAAUCUUAACUCCCUGGCCUGUGGGUCCCAGCCUCCUCUUUACAGGGCAGCCUCAUUCUAUUGCUUGGGACUUGUUGAGGUUGAUAUAUGUCUCACUUUUGGAGUAAAUGUAGGCUAAGGGCAGUGCCCAGUCCUUUC